GGUUUACGUACUGUGGCGGCCAUUCGCAAGGGUAUUUUCGGGGUCACAGUCUCCACAGUAACUAAAUUUUUGCAGCUUAAUGCAAUAGUUUAGGCAGGUAGUAAGUAUAUUUAUAGAAUUAAUCCAUUUAAUAGCAAUAUUUAAUCAUUAUUUUUUUUCAAAAGCACCAUUUUCUUCUACAAUAUCUUACUUUUUUAAUGUGCCGGUGGUCUAUAGCUUAAUAGCACAGUUAGAAUGUGUAUAUAUUAUUUCAAGGACCAUUUCAUAGCCAUACUGGCAUACGGUGUACCUCAAACUCAAGUUCGUGCAAGGACACAUGGCAAUGGCAAAGCCGCUAUCAUACUAUGAUGCUGAUAAAGCCAGUGUCUACUCUAAAAGAGUUGACAGAACUAUAAUAAUUUGUAUUUGCUUACAAUUGAUUGGUUCCCCCCAGUUAACAUUUUCGUAAUAAAAGAUUUAUUUUUUUUAAGUACCAGGUGUACACAAAUGUUUUAGUUUUAUAUGGGCAUAAAUUCAUAAAGUUGACGUGUUAAUAAUAAUAAUAAUAAUAAAUACAUAUUGCCCUGCCAGGGCCUUAGGCCGAAAACUUAUAAGAAAAAGCAUAGCAUAGCAACGCUGUCUUCUUCUUUUAGUUUUAAUUGAAAAUUAAGAACCAAAAGCUAAUAGGCCAUAGUCACCACAUUAAUUUAUUGGCAAGCGUGCUAUUUUAAUUUAAUCACAAAUUUAAUGUUUUGUUCUCUUUUUCUUUUGUCUCAAAAUCAAUCCAAUGACUUCAAUGACAAAUUGGUCCACUGUAAAAAUGUAAUAAUUAUUUAUUUAAAAAAAUGAGUAAUGAUCAGUAAUGAGACUCACAUCUCUCAAUUUAAAAAAAAUAAAAGUUAAAGACUUAAAAAGAUUUAUACUUAUUAUUAGCUUGACUUGCAUACAGUUACAAAGGUGGAAAGAAGUUCAAACCACUCAAAAUCCCCAGCCCACACCUCUUUUUUUUAUCUUUUAUAACUUUUCAACUGAAUUAAAAUAAAAAAAUGUAACAAAUUUAAUUGUCCUAAGUCAAGUCUAAAAAUAUCAGUUUAAAUUAUAAUUAUUUUCUAUUAUUAAUAUGACUAUAUUCUAUUGAAAUUAAAGAAUUAGAAAAAUAUUAUAAUUAUAAGCUGAUAUUUUAAUACUUUCAUACCAAAAUUAACACAUAUCCCUGAAACUGAAGGAAUUUCCUACCCUUGUGUGUGUAAUUACUAAUUGACUCUUCUCCCUUCAUAUUCUGCAUUAUAGAUUUGACAACUGGAAAGUAAUGAUAAAGAAUUACUCAUUUAGAUAUUGAAAACCAUUAAAUUUGCCAUUUGGAAAUCUGACAUUGUCUAUAUAAUAUAGUGCCAAAUGAGAGUUAUAUCCCCCCUCUUACAUAACCUCAUUCUGUUGUUUAUCAGUAAAUCAACUAAUUUAUGAUUAUCCUUAUUCUUAAAACAACUUAAAAAUGUAAUCAUUCUUUCAAAUUUGCAAUAUGAUUUACAUUAACAAAAAAUAGGAAAUGCCACAACUAGUUCCAGGCAUUACAUCUCACCACAAAUGAAAUUAUUGAUUUUAAAUUUGAACUUUAAAGGUCCAUCUUUGAUAGUUGGCUGUCUCUAAAACUCCAGCAAAAUGCUGCGAGUAAACAGAGUUGCCAUUAUGGCAGAUAUGGGUAGCCAUGUUUGCAAGCUAAGUGCUCGUUGCAGUCGAGGAUUGCGCACAGCUGUGGGUCAGGUGUAUCAGAAAGCAGAAGAGAAGACUAUUGCUGGUAUACCCUACAAGAACCUCUCUAUUGGUGUCCCCAAAGAGCUGUUCACGGUGAGAUUGGUCAAAUAAUCCAAUAUUAUUGAACAAAUCGUUAUUGAACAAUGCUCUAUCAUUGUCUAAUUUUCUACUAAGUCAUUUUGUUGAAAUUUCUGUUUGGUAGGUAUUCAGUUCAUUAGCCUCAUCUACAUUUAAUAGUGUAAAUCACUUGUUACAUUAUAAUAUUUUUAUAAUAAUCAUUAACCAAUAACUGUCUAUCCAACUUUGCAUUAAAAAUGACUUUUUAUAACAGAAUGAGCGCAGAGUCGCCCUAGUACCUGCUGCUGUCCAAACCCUAACAAAGAAAGGCUUCACAGUGAAUAUUGAAGAGAAUGCUGGCUUAGGUGCCAAGUUCAUGAAUGAUGACUAUGCAGCUUCUGGUGCUAAGGUUAAGGGCAAAAAAGACGUAUAUACGUCUGAUAUCAUUUUAAAGGUGCGUUAUUUGAAAAGGAAUUAUUAUUAUGUAUUUAAUUUUAAUUAUUCAAAUGUAUUACAUUUUUUUUGUUUACCUUUUUAAUUAAUACUUUUUCUUUUUAAAUGAAUUUCAUUAACACAAUACUUUUAUAUUGUUAUAAGUCUUGUUCGUCUGUAUGUUUAAAAAUUAAAUGUAGGAAAUAAAAAUUGAAUUCAUCUAGCCAAAUUUCACUGGUUUAUCUCACUUUUAAUGCCUGAGUAAUGUGCUUAUUAAAGGGAUUAAGAGAUCAGCUUCAGGGUUUAAUCAAUAGAAAACUCAAUUGUGCAUCCGUCAAUUGAAUCAAAAUAUUUUUAUUCUCUCAGGUGAGAGCACCACUGCAAGAAGAAGUAGCUAACUUCCGUGACAGAGGGACUCUGAUCUCUUUCCUUUACCCUGCCCAAAACAAAGAUCUUGUUGACCAGUUAUCCAAAAAGCAGUUGACUGUUUUUGCGAUGGACUGUGUGCCACGUAUCUCCAGGGCCCAAGUAUUUGAUGCACUAAGCUCCAUGGCUAACAUUGCUGGUUACAAGGCUGUGAUAGAAGCAGCUAACAACUUUGGCAGAUUCUUCACAGGUCUGUAAAUAAGAGAGAGAGGGAAGGGGGCAGGGGGGAUUUACCUUUGGAAGAUGAUUUACUCGAAACAUAUUUUUCUAAUUUUAAACUAAAAUUUGAAGAGGCAAAAAAAAAGAUUGUAAAUAAUUGUCAAUUGUUACUAGUAUUAAUAAAAUUAGAGGGAGGUAAUACAGCGUUAGAUAUGGGUGACAUGAAAUAAAUCAGUGUUAAUAGAAUAGUCACAAAUGAAUUUUAAAUCACCCUGGACAAAAUGGGAUAAAUAGAAUACUCACUUCUCAAUAAUAAAAAAAAUGACUCUUAACUCACUUUACAUAAUUUUAAAAAUUACAGUAAAAGAACACAGUCCUUUUUCUAUUCAAUCCAGGUCAGAUAACUGCUGCUGGCAAGGUCCCCCCAGCUAAAGUCCUAGUAAUUGGCGGAGGUGUGGCUGGUCUGUCUGCCGUAGGCACUGCCAAAAACAUGGGAGCCAUCGUCAGAGCCUUUGACACCAGGGCAGCAGUAAAAGAGCAAGUGGAGUCUUUUGGAGCUGAGUUCUUGGAAGUGCAUGUCAAAGUACGUCAACAAUAUUCUAGCUUUCCUUCCAGUUUUCUGACCUCUCUUUUGCAUGUUUUUAAUUUCCAGGAAUAAUCUUUCCAUUUGUUUGUCUUAUUGUAUUGUUUUUGUAGCCGAAAUAUUGUUUCGUACCAUUUUCAGGAGUCUGGAGAGGGUACUGGUGGCUAUGCUAAAGAAAUGUCCAAAGAGUUCUAUGAUGCUGAGAUGGCCCUGUUUGCUAAACAGUGUAAGGAGAUUGAUAUUCUUAUCUCGACUGCACUCAUUCCCGGAAAGCCUGCACCAAAGCUUAUUUCAAAGGUAUUUGUUUAAUUUCCAAGUUGAUUUUUAGAAUUGGAUUGCUAUGUUAUUUUAUUUUUUUUUCAAUAAUUGUUUUAUCAUCUAUAUGGAUCUGACAAUAUUUUAGUCAAAAAUAAAUGUCAUGCUUUUCUAAAAUGCCCAAGUCUAAUCAGCUUACACUGUUGCUUACUUUCACCUUUGCCUUGCAGUUUUCAUCUAACAACACACUAGAAAUAAUAUUAUUUAAAGUUCCCUGACACGGUUUAAAUUUGAAACUAAAUUUAUCUAGGUUAUUUUGGUGAGAAGCAGCAGCCGGGUCAAUUGUUGUAAGAUUACAUGGAUUAUAUCAUUUCCAACUAAUUUUAGGAUUAAUGCUCCAGACCUGUUGUCUUUUAUGAUCGUACACAGAGACCUGUCAGAACUAGGAUUUUGCGAGACAGGGUUAAAAAUUAUAUCCUGUGGUUUUAUGAUUUAAAACAAUUAAAAAAAUUGUGACAAAUUAUUUCGUUCUUUAGCUGAAUGACAGCGAUUGCCACAAUAGCGAAAACUACGGAUUUAUUUUUUAAAAUUGCAUUCUCAACUGCCCUGCGCAGCAGAAUUAGAUUUUAACAUUUUAUAAGAUCUACUAAGUGAUAUUUGAAAUCUAUUUUCAGUAGUCACUAAGCAAUAAUACAAUUUAAAACCCCAGUUUGGUUCAAGCAUUCCUCUUGGCAUGCGGCCUGCCACGUUAAAUAUUUUUGCCCGCUGGAUUAUCACAAGUGAACCAUUUAUUCAUUCAAUUGGCGAAUAGUUUCAAUUUUGGCAUAAACGCACCUCUGAAAUAUAUAUAUACAUCAUUUUUGUGAUGGUAUACGCCAUUUCGGUGUAGCUACCCCCUUUUUCGUCAGAUUUAAAAAUUAGAGUGAAAUAAGUAAUACAUUAUUAAACAAUUUUACUGUGUAGAAACCAGUAUAAUUAAAACAAUUUAUAUAAACAGCUAGGUAAGGGGAGCCUGAUUUUCCACAAGCAUUGUGAUAAAGUAUAGAAUGAUGCAAAACUAUAUUUAGGUAUACACAGUGCGAACUCGGAAUUUUAAAUUUAUAAGGGGUUCAGCCUCCUUCCCAAACAAACACCCCCCCCCCCCUUACCUUUCUAUCUAAGUGGCGAAUGACUGGCCUCUUUUCAUUUGCAAUAAUUUCUAAAAUAUAAGUAAAUAAAAUAAAUAUAUAAACGUUUGUCCCCUACUUAUAGAAUGAUGCAAAACUAUAUUUAGGUAUACACAGUGCGAACUCGGAAUUUUAAAUUUAUAAGGGGUUCAGCCUCCUUCCCAAACAAACACCCCCCCCCCUUACCUUUCUAUCUAAGUGGCGAAUGACUGGCCUCUUUUCAUUUGCAAUAAUUUCUAAAAUAUAAGUAAAUAAAAUAAAUAUAUAAACGUUUGUCCCCUACUUUGAGAAGUGACCUUUAUGAGACACGCAAUUCGAAUAGUUAUUUGUACGUUUUUUUAUUUACAAUUACAUUACAGUAUUGUAUGAUUCUGACAUGGUUAAGUACUAUUCUGAAACUAUACUGUACUGUUUUGGGAGUUCCAGCGCAACCAGGUCUGAUGCUCUCAUAUAUCCCAUUCUACUUCAAUUUCUAUUCAUUAAUAUGAAUUCUUCCAAUAUACAAGUGAACCUUGCCCACACACCAGUGUGUUACAACACACCGGGGGAAAACUGCCUCCUUAACCUGUUGGUUUCUCCCCAGGCCAUGGUAGAGAGUAUGAAACCAGGCUCCGUGAUUGUUGAUCUGGCAGCCGAGGCUGGAGGUAACAUUGAGACAACAAGGCCAGGAGAGCUCUAUGUGUACCAUGAUGUUAUCCAUAUUGGCUACACAGAUUUUCCAUCUAGAUUAUCCACACAGUCUUCAACACUCUACGCUAAUAAUAUCAGCAAACUGCUUUUGUCAUUUGGUGAGUCUUUUGAGAAAAAGCUUAUUUAAUUGAGUCUCAUUCACCACCAUCAACAUAAAUUCAGUAAAUUAUUUUGUUAUCUUCCCCCAACCCGUUGCUUUUUUUUUUUACACACCUUUUUGGCUUAUGUAUUUCAUUUGUUUCUUUUUUGUCACAUUUUUUACAUAUUCAUGAUUUAUUUUCAGGUGAAAAAGAUCACUAUCAUGUUAACCUUGAGGAUGAAGUUGUUCGAGGCUCCAUCAUUUUACAAGAGGUAAAUCACACAACUUAAUUGGACUGAUCAAGUAACAAAGGAUAAGAUAUUAAUAACUAUUCCAGUCACUCUGAUGUUUAGGUUGUCUUUUAUUAUGAAACUCAAAUUGUAAGGUUGUGGUUUAGAAUUUGAAUGCUCGACUCUGUAUAAUUACACAGGCUAGUUAUUUAGGUGAUCAGGAAUGAAGCUAAAUAAUUAUGUAGUUGUUUUCUCUUUGUCAGCACUCUACUUAUUUGUUAUGAUUUUUUUUUUUUUUUAAUAUAUUCUUAGGGUAAACUUCUGUGGCCACCCCCACCCCCUAAAGUUGAUCCAGGAGCUCCAGUAACUGUGGCUGCCAAAGCUGUAGUGAAGGAGCCCCCACCUCCACCCAACUACUUUGCUAACACAAUGAAAGACUCGCUCAUGUACACUGCAGGCUUGGGUGGAAUGAUUGGUGAGUGUAUAGAUGUUUAAUUGGAAUUUUUGUUUACAUGAUUGGAAACUGGUAACCUGAAAGUUGACUUAAAACAUGAUUGCUUCCACAAAAAUUAAAAUAACAAGGUAUUUGGAGUUGCCGCAAUUUAUUUCAAACUAUGGAGUCAAUGUUGGUUUUCAUGGCAUGGUACUUUAUAUACUGUUUUAUAUUUACAGGUUUGGGAAUGGUGUCGCCUAAUGCUGCCUUCACAUCCAUGGUUAAUGUGUUUGGUUUAGCUGGUAUUGUGGGUAAGUCAGAUUCUUUAGGGUCUCAUAGUUAAAUUUUUAUUAUCUCCAGUCUUUUUUUGUCUCUUAAAAAAUUCAUAAUAAUAUAUUAAAUUUUUAAAAAAAUAUUUUUUGUUAAGGAUACCACACAGUAUGGGGAGUGACACCAGCCCUACACUCACCUUUGAUGUCAGUGACAAAUGCCAUAUCUGGUAUCACAGCUGUUGGCGGUCUUCUGUUAAUGGGAGGUGGCUAUUACCCAACUAAUACAUUACAGGUAGAGAAGAUACAAUUUUUAAACAAACAAAUGUUCAUUUAUGGAGACACUAGCAAAAACACCAUAAAAUUCUCUGGAAGAAUUUAUUCUUUUUUUUUCUUUUUUUAAAGGUUCAUCUUGCCACCUUGUGGAUAUUGUGAUGUUGCAAAAAAAUCUAUGUUUUAACAUGUAUUUAAAUUUCUUUCAGGUAGGGGAGGGAAUUGACAUUUUAGAGCUAAAAAGAGUAUAUUUUUUUCAGACUCUAGCUGCCCUUGCUGCUUUCAUUUCAUCCAUCAAUAUUGGAGGUGGCUUUGUGGUCACCAAGAGAAUGUUGGAUAUGUUUAAAAGACCAAGUCAGUUGAAUUUGUGUUGUUAAACAUUAAUUAAACAAUUACUAAGCCUCUUGAUUAUUAAGAUGACACCUGUAAAAUAAUUCAUCUGAUUCAUGAUUGUUACAAUGUAUUCUCUAAAAUGGCAGAUACUUUGCUAUCUUGAAUAGUGUGUCCAAAAAUUAUAGUUAUUAGUACAAGUGUGUCCUCAGAUUAUUAAAUAGUUUAAGAAUUGCUGCUCUAUAAUAUUGUUUGUUAAUUUUAGCAUGCUAACAUUAUCAGGGAUUCAAAUAAAAAUAUUCCCAUUCAUUGAUAUUUGUUUAUCCUGUUUCCAGCUGACCCACCAGAAUACACCUACCUGUAUGGCAUCCCAGCAGCCACAUUCCUGGCUGGCUACGGCUACUGUGCCACUGCAGGAACCUACCCUGACAUCCAUCAGAUGGCAUAUCUAGCGGCCUCAUUGUGCUGUGUGGGUGCUCUCACUGGUUUAUCAUCUCAGAGAACUAGCCGAGUGGGUAAGGCUUAUCUUAAAGCAUUGUGUGGUUUAUUUAUUUGUAUAUAUCUAAUUGCAAUGCUUUUCAAAAAGUGUCAAUACAUUAAUCACACUUCAGCAUCAACAAAGUUUGUUUUACAUAGUUUUUGGGAUGAGAUCACAUAUUACUUUGUAUAAAAUAGGAUUGUGGUGUUGUGCCAGAUAUUUGAAAUUAAUAAAAAUCAAAGAACAAAAGCUGUCAACAUGUUGCCUCAGCUUGGCAGUGUUUUAAGAAGCAAUUUAGUUGAAAAUAAUGUCUACUUUAUUCGCCUAAAAAAUCUCAAUACUAUUUGCAUGGAAUCUACGCUUGUUUAGACCAUGGUGAAAAAUGGCAGGUUUCUUGCUGCAUUGUUUUAGUGCCAAGUGGGGGGUUGGUCGAAUAAAAAUAUUACAAAACCCCAAAAUAACGAGACCACAGUAGUAACUUAAACCCGAUUUUAUAGACCCCAAAUUGCAGCAUUAUAGCUGGAUUCCAUUGUACUUAUUGUCUGAGCCUACAUAACUCACGCACCAAUAUAAUGAAGCUAUCUUUCUGUCAAGGUAAUGUCUUGGGUAUUAUUGGUGUAACCAGUGGUGUUGCAGCCACACUUGGAAUUUUGAAGCCAACUGCUGAGACCUUCACUCAGAUGGCAACUUGCAUGGGCCUUGGUAUGUACAUUUUAAAAAUAAAUAGUUAACUGCUUAUUUAUUUUAAGAUUGUUACAUUAAAGAAAAAAAAAUUAAGGAUGAUAAUGUUUUACACUCAAAUGCAGCUCUUGUAGUUUUGAAAUAUUUUUUUCUCAGGUGGCCUGAUUGGAUCUGUUAUGGCCAAACGUUUGGAGGUCACAGAUCUACCUCAGAUGGUGGCCUUGUUCCACAGCCUCGUAGGUGCUGCAGCCGUCUUGACAUGCUUUGCAAACUAUCUCUUGGAACAGCCCCACUUUGACACAGACCCCGCUGCCAACAUGCUUAAGACUUUCUUGUUUUUGGGAACUUUCAUUGGUGGUGUUACUUUUACUGGCUCUUUGAUAGCUUUUGGAAAGUUGCAGGGUAUGAAAUUUGUUCUUUACUUUUUAAGUGAAUAGGCUGCCUUUGGGGUAGUCAAAGCAUUCUCUGGCUUACAGCCAAGAGGUUGUUGGUUAUUUGAAUUUUUCUUGUACGAGGAGAAUGCUUAAUUUUUAAAAAAAAUAACCAUUAAAUUUUAUUUUAAAAUUAAUAAAAUCCAUAUUUUCUGAAAAUUUUACAUUCUGAUGAAUUGAUGUAUUUGCUGUCAUUUAAUUUCUUUUUUUAAAUUCCAGGAGUACUAAAAUCUGAUCCUCUGCUACUUCCUGGGCGUAACCUCUUGAAUGCUGGCAUGAUGCUGGGCAAUGUUGGAGCCAUGGGUUACUUCAUGAUGGACAACAGCCCUACCGUUGGACUUAGUAUGCUUGGAACAACCACCGCUCUCUCAAGCCUCAUGGGAAUCACUCUUACUGCCGCUAUAGGAGGUGCAUUACUUAACACUUUUGUACUCAACUUUUCCUUCAGAAAUUGCUUUUAACCUGAAAGGCAGUCACCACAUACUUAUUUGUACUAGUGUGGUGGGUGGCCAAGGGGUCUAAACUGAGUCAAACACAAGCUUGUGGACUGGAGUUCAAUCCCCAGCAAAAGACUAGACAAGCAAAAACAUCACAAGUGUACUGGGUGGAUGGGACUCGGUAAUCCUGCAUGGCAACUCAUCUAAAAGAGGGCAAGCUCUGAAAUCAAACCCGGAGAUGACAUUGACACAAACAAAAUUUGACAACUCCUGCAACGUGAAAUGCAUAUAAAAAGCACAGUGAGACACAUGAAGCACUUAUUGUGAUCUACUGCAUCCUGAUCUAUUUGCAGUCGUCGCAACAAAGUCUUGCCAUGCAAAGAAUGAAAUAUAUAUAGUAUAUGUACUAGUAUCUUUGGUUUAUUUUAUAUUCUUAUUGCUUUCAUGAAUGGCUUGUCAUUUUUUUAUAACCUAUGCUGUUUCUUGAUCAGGAGCUGACAUGCCUGUGGUUAUUACUGUCCUAAACUCCUAUUCUGGCUGGGCUCUAUGUGCUGAAGGUUUUAUGUUGGACAACAGCCUCAUGACCAUUGUUGGUGCCCUCAUUGGAUCAUCUGGUGCCAUCUUGUCCUACAUUAUGUGCAAGGUUAGAUUUUUUUAACCCUACAUGUAGUUUAAUAGAUACAUGAGUGGUGAUAGAGGAAAUUAUAUUGUUGAUUAUGAACUCACUACCAACUGCAUAAGUGAAGAUAAAUGUGUUUUUAUUUUUUAAGGCCAUGAACCGUUCACUGCCUAAUGUUAUCCUUGGAGGAUAUGGUACAAGCUCAACAGGCAAAGGCAAGCCGAUGGAGAUUGUUGGCACUCACACUGAGAUUGGUGUUGAUGCAACAGUUGACCUCAUUGAGGAUGCUAAAAACAUUAUCAUUGUACCAGGUAGGUCAGCUGGGGUUUACCAUUUAUUUUGGAGGUGUAAGUUUAUAUAUUAAUUUGAUAAUUGUGGUCUUGAACCUGGAUGAGCAAUAAGUAAAUUAUCUUGCUCACGGAACACAUUUAAUCCCAAACCAAAUAUGUAUUUUACUUACCUUUUGCAUUAUGUUUAAAAAGAUCCAGCUUAAUUAGGAAAUAAGUUUUAGUCUGACCACAGAAAAGGUUUCAUAUUGCAAUAGUAGGUUGUAUAAUUUUGUUUUUAAAAUUUGUUAAUGCUAUCUGCGCUAUCUCUAUAGCACAGUUCAACUGUUUAUAAUAUGUUAUAUGUUCCUCCUGGAGCCUAGCACUAAUUGAUGUGGCUGUCUGGCUGUUAUGGUGUUGUCCCUUUCCAGCAUCAGUGCAGCGAUUUAUUUAGGAGGGGAUUAUAUGUUUUUGUGCUUGCUUGUUGUCUACCUCUGUAUAUGAGGUGAUAAUACUUGCAUGUCAUUAAUACACAAUACCAACAAAGUCCUUGUCAGGCAGAUACUGUCAUUUAUUAUACAUCACACUUACCAAUGUUGCACAGAAAUUGGUAACUGUCAAUGCUUGAUUUUUUAUUGCCUACACAAAUCUGCAAAUGAUUUUUUGAAAGAAAAAUUUCUAUAUAUUUAAACAGUAUCAAAGAUUCCUGCCACUUAAAACUAGUUAAUUCAUAACUUAACAUCAGACUGUCCAUAUUCACUUUCUUUUCCCUUUUUAAAGCCAAGGGUAUACUCACUAACAAAAAACUACAGACUCUGCAAGCAUACAAACUAGAUGACCUCAUUAAAAAUACAAAAUGAUUUAAAAAACUCAUCAAGGGGUAGAAUUUUUUUUUCAGUUUUUGUUUGAUUGAAGUAAGAGUUAAUUUCGCCCAGGUCCUUUAUAGGUAUUUGUAGCCUGAAGCCUUCCCAAGUCAACUCAAGGCAGUGCAACUGUUUGAAUAUGAAACAUUCUGGUCCAAAAACCAUCCCCCUGGAAAAUUGAAUAUUUUUAAAUUGAAUUUUGAUUAAUGAAAUUUGACUUUCCUCAAAAUUUUCAGGCUAUGGUCUUUGUGUUGCCAAGGCCCAGUACCCCAUUGCUGAAAUGGUUGAUAUUCUCAGGAAAAGGGGAAAGAAUGUCAAAUUUGGCAUCCAUCCUGUAGCAGGUAAAUUGUAUAACAAUCUUUAACAAUUUAUUGAUCAAUGAAUUUUUAUUUUUUUUCUUCCCCCUUUUUGUAUGUGUGUUAACUGACUUGGCCUUUUCAUGAUUCGCUAGAUUAGUUAAAAUAUUUUCUUUUACCAGAGAUGGCAAAUCAACAUUUUUAAACUUAAAAGUUUUCUAUCUUUUUAACUCUUAGGUCGUAUGCCUGGUCAACUCAAUGUACUGCUUGCUGAGGCUGGUGUUCCCUAUGAUAUUGUACAGGAAAUGGAUGAAUUGAAUCAUGAAUUCCCUGAAACUGACCUUGCCCUUAUUAUUGGAGCUAAUGACACUGUCAACUCAGCUGCUGAAGAGGACCCCAACUCAAUCAUAGCUGGCAUGCCUGUCCUACGUGUGUGGUUGGCUAAGCAGGUAUGAAAAUUUUCUUAGGUCCUAGACAGAAAUAAACAGAAAGAGGAGCUAAUUAUGCUGUAGUCAUUCCACAGUCCUAAUCCAGCUUCCAACUGCUUUCAAUAGUGCCAAGAAGUAAAUGGGUUUCUCUUUAAAAUUACCUUUAAAAAAAAAAAAAAUCAGUAUUGUCUUCGCAAAUUGAAAGUAGACCUAUAUUGUGUUCACCUGUUGUUUUUGAUGUUUUCGAUGAAAUUAAUUUUUUUAAACUGUAAAUGGUGUGUCCCUCUUUGCAUCCAUACAAAAAAAAGUUUUCAUAACAUUAAGUCAUAACUGGUUUUGAUCAAUGAAUUAGCACCACUAUUUACAUUUUCUAUUUACAGUGUAUUGUGAUGAAGAGAACCCUAGGAGUUGGUUAUGCAGCUGUUGACAACCCCGUCUUCUUUAAACCAAACACUUCCAUGUUGCUUGGAGAUGCCAAGAAGACUUGUGAUGCGCUACUUAAUAAUCUUAAACAGAGAGCUGAGACAGGUUCUUAAUGACAAUAGAUCACAUAGGCUCAAUCUCAUGUUCUUAUCCUUUAGAUCUAAAUUAUUUUUUUUCUUUCAAAGGUAGGAAAAGCAUUUCUUUCAUCUGCCUGACAUCUAGGCUGUUUUUGUGUGAUUACAAUCAAAUUGAAAUAUUUUCCAAAAAAUGACGAAUAACUUCUUUAAUGUGAGAAUGUUGAUAAUGAAUGUUUCAGAAGAGACCAAAGAUCCUGUUACUUUACAUUUAUGGCUUAUAGGGUAUGUAACAAGAGUAAUGCUGUUAAUGUUACAAUGUGGUGAUAUGUCAUUGACUACACUUUUUAAUUCUUAUUUCAACUGGUAAUAUGAUUGUUAUUUUAUUGCCUAGUUUCACGAUAAUAUAAAAAAAAUGUAAAUGUCCCGUUUGCUAUAAUCCUUAUUUUUAAGACAUACAUACUUUCAAGUUUUUUAAUAACUGACUCAUAAAAAAACCUAGCUUUGGUUACUUUAGUGGCAAAAUAAUGUUUCAAUGCUAAACCCGGAGUAAGUGUAGUGAUAUGAUUGAACUAGGCAAGUUAGUUUUUACAAGCUUAGUUUGAAUGAAUAUGUUGAUGCUGGCGUGGCGUAUUUUAGUGAUUUUGCCCAAACUCUUUAUUGUAACUUAUUAAACUGCCAAUGUUUCAUGUACCUUGGUAACUUUGAUAAUUAUUGUACAAGUUAAAUUUAAUCUAGAUAAGAGAUAAUUAAUAAACAUGUGGUUCUCUUAAGAUAUACAUUGUUGAUUGAAUCCAUUUUUUAUCCAAAUAUUGUG